AUGUUGGCAGUGAUCGCAGCAUCCUGCCGCGUCUCGAAGAGUGUUUUGCGGUCGGGUCGAACGUCACCGAUGAGUGUUGAUUCGGGAUUCGAGUCGUCAUCGUUCCCCUCCUCUCCAGACUCAUCCAAUGACACAUCUAUCCUGGCCACUACCCAUCAUCCUCAGUUACCUUCAUCAGCCAAAUGCAUAUCUCUUGAUGUCAAGCACUCGUCACUUAGUAGCACUCGUACCGAUAUCAUAACAGAUGAAGACUCGUGUUUGUCUUCAUCGCUCCCUUCCGAAUCUCAAUUGUCACUGCCUUCCGACACCUUAACACUACCAUUAGAAUCUCCGAUAUCACUGCCAUCCAAAUCACCAUCUUCAGAAUCUUCCUUGUUAUCAUCAGAAUUACCGCAACCGUCAUACUUAACCGCAAAUACCUCAUCUCCGAGCAAAUCACAAGACUAUCCCCAGCACCAAGUGCCAUCCUCAUCAUCAGUUGAUAACCAUGAUGAUAACUCACUUAUCACUGUUGACUUCAAAUGUGAUAAUGAUAUUAUCAGUACGAAGAGCGAUGAUAAGCCUGAUAAUAAUAAUGAUGAUAAGCUGAUAAACAAUGAAAUGGAUGAUAUAAAAGUCUCGAACGAAAUAAAAGAAAGUGGAUUAAAGUUAUCAGAAGAACCGAAUGGCUGUGUGUUGAAGUGUGCAUCAAUAGCCUCUUCAUCUUCUUCGUUGAUAUCGUUGAAUACUAAUAAUGUUAGUGAUAACAGUAGCAGUGAACUGUUAUCGUUGUGUCAUUGGGAUCGGUGCAUGGAACGCUUCAAGUGUGAUAAUGAUUUGUAUGAUCAUGUUAUUAAGAACCACCUGGAAAUAUUACGACCGCGGGAUUGCUUAAGUCCGAACUCAAGAGGGAAGUGCUCUCAGAGAAUUCGAAUGAAGACAUUACCAUGUAAAUGGGAGAAACGAUCAAACUCGGAAGAGAACGAUACAUCGAAACUGAAGUCGUGUUAUCAAUGGACACCAGUGCCGUAUUAUCCACCUUGUGAAGAUCGUGAUUUUUUGGAUAGUGCGACGGAUGAGUGGUUAGUGAUGAGAUUGAGGGAGUACGAGAGGGUGACCAAUGGUUGCUUGGUGGUCAGGGAUCAGGAGAAACGAGGAGGUGCGCAGUAUCGCAAAAGGAGACGAGUGUUGCAUUUUGAAAUUGCAACUUUUAAGCAGAAGCCGCCCACCAAGGUGAUGUGUAUGAGUGAAAAGAAACGACUUUUGAACGAUGCAUUCUUUAGCCAACAACAACAACACACGAACGUGCAUUUAACAACAGCAAAUUGUAGUGCAUCUUCGUUGAGUAAGAAAGCAUCGAAUUUGCGAAACGCAAUCAAAUAA